AUGAGUGGAAGAGAUAUUCCUAAUUCUUCAAGUAAAUCACCUAAACAAAAUGCCUCUCGUUCAUAUCCUCAGAGAAGUUCAAACUAUAAUACCUUUAUUGAACAACAACAACAACAAAAAAAUCAAGCAAGAACAAAUAAGCAUAAAUUACCUAUGCGUACAACUAAGAUAUCACAAAAAUUAAAAUUAUUUCCAGAGGAUGAGCCAUGGUUUAAUGAGGAAAAUGAAGAACCUGAAGCGGAUGUCUAUACUCAGAUAGCCAAGAUACCUCAUGGUAUGGCAAGAGAAGAAGCAGAAAUGUUAAAUAAAAUGGAUAGAAGUGAGUUAUCGAGAAUGACAGCUUAUUGCACAGCUUCUGCUUAUCGUAUGGAUGAACUUGUAAAAUACCUUCAAUCCAAAAAAAAGACAAACGGAACAGCUCCAAAGAGAUUUGAUGAAUGUCUUUACACGCCUUAUGCCUUUACUUAUCCUAUCUCUCCUCCUCAUCCAGCCAAUACGAAUCAUUCUCUGACUACACAGAAAUUACCUGAAAUGUUUCUAUUUGACUAUGGCGUGGUCGUCUUUUGGGGCAUGACCUUAAAGGAAGAACAAAGGAUAUUAAAGUUACUUGUACCCUUUGAAGAAGAAAAGUUAGAGCUUGAUGAUGUAGAAACAGAAGAAUUUCAUUAUUAUUAUAAUGAAGCAUAUCAGCCACGUAUUUAUAAUGAUAUUAUUACAUUAAGACAUCCUUCAAAUUAUCUUAUCAAAUUAACAAUAUCACAUGCUAUUGCACAAAGUGUCAAAAUGACUUUAUUUGAAAGAUUAAUUGAUGAUACAAUCAACGAAACUAAAUAUAUUCCUCAAGUAAUGGCAGAAAGUGGAAAUAUUCAAAUGUCAAGAACAGCUAUUACUAAAAAGAUUGGACAAUUGUUCAUCAUGAGAAUUAAUGUUAAUUUAGUUUCUAAUAUCUUGGAUACACCAGAAAUCUUUUGGUCAGAACCUACUUUAGAGCCUUUAUAUAGCGCUAUAAGAGGUUACUUGGAAAUAUCUCAACGUGUAGAACUCUUGAAUCAAAGAGUAGAAGUGAUUAGUGAUUUAUUAGAAAUGUUGAAAGAUCAUUUAAACAGUUCUCAUAGUGAAUAUUUAGAGUGGAUUGUUAUUUGGCUUAUUGGUAUGGAGAUUCUAGUAGCUGUCAUUACAACUUCUUUAGACGCUUUUAGUUUAUAUUAUAAUAAGGAAUAA